AUUUGAUGUUUGUUCUACAUAUGUAAAUGAUUUAAUAAAUAGUGUUCUAUUAUCACUUUGUAAAAUUAAAACAUAGCCCGUUCCUGUUUUAAAGAGGAUGAAACUGAGGCUCAGAGAGGCUCUGACUUGUCCAGGGUCCCUCUUCCAGUGGGCUCCAAAGGUGGGAUUCCAACCCGUGUCUUCUCAUGACUCCCGAUCCAGUGCCGGCUCCAUUUCCUCGUGCACAUGUUUACUGAGAGGAUGAGGAGCAGGUGAAGGGCAUCCAUCAGCCUGGCCAGCUUCGCCAGGGUUUUCCAUUAUCCUCAGGCAUCCUGUGGGAGACACCUGCUCUGUGUUCUGGGAUAGGCCUCAUUCAUGUAUGACCCGCAAAUGGCCCUUCUCCCUGGCUCCAUGAUGGCCUUUGCCGUCUUGGGCGAUGGCUGUCAUUCGGAUCACCAGUGCGAUUUCCACCUUUCUUCUCUUUUUCUAAAACAGAUCAGGGAAGAGGACAAGAGCCCCCCGCCCUCCUCCCCCCCUCCUCUUUUCUCUGUAAUUCCGGGGGGCUUCAUCAGGCAACUGGUUCGGGAAACAGAGAAGGAGUCCAAGGAAGCACGACGGAAAAAACAGACACCGGCCGGCUCCCAGGAACAGACAGUCCCAGAAAAUAGUGACAGCUCUGCCAAUAGAAGCCAUACCCCCUCAGGGACACAAAGUCCCCAGGGUGGCCAACCUGACCCAGCAUCCCCCAGCCCCAAUGUUGUUGUCGCGAACAUUCCUAAUGAGAGUGAAGGGAUGGCCAGCCCUGAGCCAGUACUAAUGAGCAGCAUUAAUGGGGAAAAACCUCAAGAGAAGGGCACAAUGGAGACUCCUCCAAGAAAGCCUCAGCCCUUCAAGAGGUCCCGGAAGACCAGCGAUGUCCUGCUGAUGGUGGCCAAACUAAAUUCAGAAUUGCCCAAGCCAGAGCAGAGGACUCACCCAGUUGACUCUCCAACCCAUAAGCCUCCACCCUCAGUUCCAGAGCUGGAGGGUGAGAAGAAAGGUGAACCUCCAGGGGACACUCAUGACCCUCAGACAGCUACUGAGGCCUCAGCUGAAAAGAUGGAGAAACUGAGGUCACAAGGCCUGGGCAGCCCAGGCUCCACGGACUUGCCUUCCAAGAAGAGUGAAAAGCCUACAAUCAAAUUGAGCAAGUGGGGCAAGGUGUCUCAGACCAAGGGGCUAAAAGGGGGUGAGUCCCAGAGCAAAGAGGAGCUGGGGACCAAGCCCCACACCAAAGAGGGAGAGCAGAGAAGUGAGGCUGAGGUAAAAGGGACAGAGGAGGUCAAAGCCCAAAUACCCCAAACGGAGGAGGAAGGCCAACUCCACCCAAAAGCAGAAUUAGGGGAUAAGUCCCAAGGCAGGCCAGGCAAGGCAGGUCAUCCUAAAGACACAGUGGAGACAGGGAAGGAGGCCCAUAGCAAAGCAGGAAAGGGAGACAGAGCCCAAAUCCAAAUGAAAAAAUGGGGCGAGUCCCUGAGCAGAUGGAGAAAAAGGAGUGAGUCCCAGAGUCAGAUGGGAAAGGGAAAUGAACCCCAAAGUCAGGUGGGGAAGGACAGUGAAUCUCAAACCCAAGUGGGGAAUGAGAAUGAACCCCAAAGUCAGGUGGGAAGGGAAAGUGGACCCCAAAAUCAGCUAGGGAAGGAGUAUGGGUCCCAGGGCCAUGUGGGAAAGGAUCAUGAGAAGGGGAGCUGUUCCCAAAUCAAAGAGAGCAAGGAAGAUGGCCCUUAUCAAAAGGGAAAAAGUGGGAGUGAAGUCCUCAAAGAAGGAAUGGAGAUCCAUGGAUCUCCCAUCACCGAGAAAGAGGGAAUUGCACCUGAAACCAAGAAGGAAGGCGAAGAAACUCCAGUGAAGAUGGAGGAGGAGGAGGAGGAGGAGAAGAAAGAUGGGGAGAGAGGCCACAGUGUUCAUUCAGACAAGGAACUAGAGGAUAGAUGGUAUGAAGCAGAGAAAGUUUGGCUGGUUCAGAAGGAAGGAUUCACAAUGGCAACUAUCCUGAAGCCGGAUGUGGGGACCCCAGAGCUGGCUGCAGGACGAGUGAGACUUUGCAUUGAAGCAGACAAAUCCAUCACUGAAGUGAACGAAGAGAACAUUCAUCGAGCCAAUCCUCCGGAGCUGGACCUGGCAGAGAACCUGGCCUCCCUGCAGAGCCUCAAUGAGUCCAGUGUCCUGAACACGCUUCAGCACCGAUACCAGGCCCAGCUCCUGCACACAUACACAGGACCAGACCUGAUUGCCUUCCAGCCUCAGGGGCCCCCAGCUCCCUCUUCUUGGAAGGCGCCCAAGGGCAGAAGAGAAGGCUUGCCUCCCCAUAUCUGCGCCCUCGCCCACAAGGCCUACUGGGCCAUGCUGAGCCAGCGCCAGGACCAGACCCUCGUGCCGCUGGGCAGGAGCGGGGCUGGGAAGAGCACCUGCUGCGAGAGGGCGCUGGAGUACCUGGUGGGCAGUGCUGGCAGCCUGGACGGCCAGGUCUCAGUGGACAAGAUCCGGGCCACCUUCACCAUCCUCAGGGCCUUUGGCUCCGUGCUGACGGCCCACAACGGCAGCUCGACGCGCUUCUCCAUGGUCAUGUCGCUGGAUUUCAACGCCACCGGCCGGGUGACGGCAGCCCACCUCCAGACGAUGCUCCUGGAAAGAGUCCGAGUGGCCCAGCAGCCGGAAGGAGAGGGAAACUUUGCCGUGUUCUCCCAGAUGUUGGCUGGGCUGGACCUUGACCUCAGGACGGAGCUGUAUUUGCACCAGAUGGCAGACAGUCACUCCUUUGGCAUGGGCGUCUGGGCCAAGCCUGAAGAGAAGCAGAAGGCGGCAGCAGCAUUCUCCCAACUCCAAGGGGCCAUGGUGACACUGGGCAUCUCCGGGACUGAGCAGCGGGCCAUUUGGAGGGUGUUGGCGGCUAUUUAUCACCUAGGAGCAGCCGGGGCGUGUAAAGUUGGCAGGAAGCAAUUUAUGCGGUUUGAAUGGGCCAACUAUGCCGCAGAGGUACUGGGCUGUGAGUACGAAGCACUGACCACUGCGGUCUUCAAACAUCACCUCCAACAGAUCAUUCAGCAGGCAACAGCAAGGUUGAACCAACGCAACCACAAGGAGGAGCCAGAUGUGGGGCCCAAAAUGACCGGCGUGGAGUGUGUGGAAGGAAUGGCUUCGGGUCUCUAUGAAGAACUAUUUGCAGUCAUCGUCUCACUCAUCAACAGGUCCUUGGCCUCCGGUCACCUGUCCACGUCCUCCAUCAUGGUGGUGGACGGCCCCGGCUUCCUGAACCCGCGGCAUCAGAAGAAGGAGCGGGCGGCCACCUUCGAGGAGCUCUGCCACAACUACGCCCACGAGCGGCUGCAGGCUUUGUUCUUCCAGAGGAAGUUCGAGUCGGAGCUGGAGCGCUACAGGGAGGAGAAGGUGGUGGUUCCUUUUGAUCUCCCAGAGCUCUCCCCAAGGACCACAGUGGCGAUCAUUGACCAGAAUCUCUCCCAGGUGCGUGUUCCAGUUGCGGGCCAAGCAGAGGAACCCAAAGGCCUUCUUUGGGUUCUAGAUGAGGAGGUCCGGAUCGAGGGCUCUGGAGACAGUGCUGUGAUGGAUCGCUUGUGUUUAGCCUUUGAGAAAAAGGAAGCUGGUGCUGACGAAUCACCUGCUUUCCGCAAGUGUGAGCAUGCCCUGCAGUUCGAGAUCUCCCACCAGUUGGGCCAAGACCCAGUGCGCUAUGACCUCAAUGGCUGGAUCCAGAAAGCCAAACCCAAUCUCUCAGCCAUGAAUGCUAUCCAGGUCCUGCAGCAGUCUAAAAGGUGAGUCUGGUGGGAAUAUGCAAAGGGAAAGAUGGACAUCCAGGAGCAUUUCUCCCUGCUCUUUGGGUUCAUCUACUCCCCCUCUUCUAUCUGCUGCUCCAGCAGUAAUAACUGGGUAAAUUAGAACCAUUCUGGGGAUAACAUCUCUCCUUAAUGA